AUGGAUGACAUUCCUCCACCUCUCCUCCUCGAGAUCCUAAGCCGCCUCCACGACUCAGCCGACGUCGCCCGCUGCCGUGUCUCCUCCAGAACCCUUAACUCCCUCGCGCCGGAGCUCCGAUCUGUUCACCUCCACUGCUCCUACCGCCGCUAUUCCGCCUCCCGAUCUCCUCUCACGCGGUCCUCCAUCACGCCAUUCAAGGAAGUUUUCAAUAAGUUGAUUUCGGAGUUGCGGAUCGUGGAAACUGUUUCGAUCGGCGUCGACAAGACGCUGCGGGAAGUGGCGUACGACGACCUCGAGGACGAAGAUGAUGAUUUGUUCUUGAGCGACGUCAAUUUCGUGGGGACGUGGCUUCCCAGGGUUCGCGGGGACCUGAAGUCAAUCGCGAUUUCCAAUUUCUGGUUGCAGUCUUGCUGGAGGAGAUCUGAUGUGCUCGCGCUCAUUUCUUGUUAUUGCGUUAAGCUCUUGGAGUUGGAGAUCAAGAAUGCAUGGCUAUCGGUUGAUGGCCUGACGACCAUGCCGAAACUCACAACCUUGACUCUCGAAUUCAUAAGAUUAGAUGAUGAGAACUUGGAGAAGCUCAACGAAUGCUUCCCUUUUUUGCAAAAUCUCAACCUGAUUGGCGUUGGAGGACUUAAAGAUCCUCAAAUUCAUCUCAUGCAUCUCAGAACGUGUAAGUGGAUAUUGUCUAAUGCUCCAACUACUGUAUCCAUAGUUGCAUCCUGCCUUGUCAAGCUAACUCUUAGCUGCGUGAAACCUAAACUACUCCUAAUCGACUCUCCAUCAUUAUCUGACCUGAGUCUUUCGUUCGAGGGCGCUUGCAAUUUGAAAGUGAAAGAGUUCUCUCAAUUGAAUAAACUUCAUCUUGAGUCCUCAUGUCUACGUAAUGUGCUCGCCACACUUCCUUUUGGCCGAGCUGUCAAGAAUCUAACUGCUGUCUCAACCAAAUGGGCAGCACCAGUUGGUGUUUCCAAGUCUAUUCUCGAGUUGCUGUUUUGUACUUUCCCGAAUGUGAGUUCCCUCACUUUGACUUCUCGGGUUUGGUCAGAGCUUGAAAUGUACCCUGGCCUCGGGGGUUUGGAGAUGAGGGCUCAGGCUAAGGGAUUGAAGGAGAUUAAAGCAUAUUUAACUGUAAAUGAUAUAGAGCUCUCCCGGUCGGUGGAGCUCUUCGACAAGCUCCACCGCCAGCUUCGAGACACAUGA